UAUUAUUUUCAUUUCCCUCUUAUAUACAAAGGGGGCCUUUUUUUGGGAAAAAACGGCUAUGUAUUUAAACUGUUAUGCUUAUUGCAUGAGAUAAUUCGUAGUCGAUCGAUUCCUUUUCACAUGAAAAUAUUGUUUGAAUUGUCUUUAAUUGAAUAAAGAUUCAAAGAAGCAAACAAAGGAAAAUGUACAGCACUCACCAUAAUAGCUUAGCAAAUAAAAGAAAAGAAAAACAAGUCAACAUUUCAUGUUGAGGAGUCAGUAUGAAAUUCACAUUUUUUUGGCUUAAGCUUUGUUUAUUAUCAACGAAAUCCACAAGUCAUCAAUGAAAUGAGAAUACCAUUAUGCCGUUAAAUUGAUGAUAUGUAGGGUGGCAUGUUACAUACAGAAGAAAAAUCAGAAACUAAGAGUUCUGCUUUAUAAAUUGAGCGUUGUUCGAAUCGGCUGAGACAUGUAUCUUCCUCGAAAUUAUUCUUAUUUCAGCCCUCAAUACGUAAGGAAUUCACUAUUGUAACUUACUGUGUGCAACCUGACAGAUAUACCUAGAUUCAUUCAUUUCCCGAUCCAAACCACAUUCAAUAUAAUGCUCGUGUACAAAGAGUGAAUUUGAAUACUAAUCGAUUAACACAAGUAAAAGCUAAAACGAAGCCGUACAACCCAGAAGCCGGUCUUGAUUGGUGGAAAACAACGAAAUGCAAAAUAGUCACAUUCUGUAUUUUUGGUGCUUUAUUAGUGUUAACGGGGAUUCUUGUGCCAACGUUACUCGGUCUAUUCAGUAAAACUCCAGCAACAACACCGAUUAUACAGAUAUUUUGGCCUUUUGAUGGAAAUACAAAUGAUUUUUAUGGUACCUAUAACGGGACUACUGUGAAUAGUCCUACCUACUUCUCGGCUGGUAUCACCGGCUAUGGCUCGGCCAUCAAUCUCGUCGCUGCAUCAUCUCAAAGCAUCGUUGUAUCAACCUAUUUGAAUCUUGCUAGCACUAGUUUCACGGUGGAAACUUGGCUCUAUCCGACGACUACACCUAGUGGAGACAAUGCGAUCUUUGGUCAGUGUGCUUGUACCACAUGUACCGAUCAAUGCAUGUACCUGGUGUUAAGAAGUGGCGUGCUUUACAUGGGUUUUUAUGGAGAUAAUCUCGCAGGCGUGACAUCUAUCUCGGCGAAUAAGUGGUGGCAUGUCGCGUUUGUGUUCGACAAUAGCGCAUCUACACAGACUAUUUAUGUAAACGGGGUACAAGACGCAACACGCACAUCGAAUUCUUAUAAAGGUACAUCUGGAGGUCUGACGCUCGGAACUUCUGCUAUACUAACUCCGAACAACUAUUUCAACGGUUAUUUUGAUCAGAUGGCUUUUAUUUCUAAAGCUAGAAAUGCUUCCGAACUGUUGGACGCGGCCACAUUAACGGUGUACUAUACGUUUGAUACCCUCACUUCCGGUAAUUAUUCGUUUGACUCGGGGCCUAAUCUAAUAAACGGAACCGGUGUCGGCGUUACAUCGGCGUCAAGUGGUCGGGUCAACCAGGCUCUUCAAUUCAGCACUUCUGGUGCCUACUUCCAAGUAGGGGGUCUUAUCCUGCUGGCAACAGUGAACAAUCCGUAUUCGGUAUCUGUUUGGGUGAAACCAACAUCUUUGGCAGGAGGAAGCAUUAUUCAAUGGUCAUCAGCUAACACCGGCUCUGGGUGGUGUAUAGGUUAG